UGGAGUUCUUUGUGGAAGUCGCUAUGGAGAUGCAGCGUCAACAAUCUACCAGCGAGGAAGCGUUACUUCACUGGGCCUACCCUCUAUGGAUGGGUUAGGAAGAUUAAUCUCAGUCUUCGAAAAUGAGUCCUUUUCUAGGGAGUCGAGAUAGUGUUGAAAGUCUCAGAAAAGACCUCAUCGACCUCCAGGGGGCCAUUCUGGAAGUGUUCUCCAGGACGGGACCUGUACGCUGUUCCUCCUGGAAGUUCCCUGACAAGCUGUCAUGCAACCUCGACCUGGUCUCGCUGCUGGAGCAGUAUGACCACAUUGAAGGGGAUGAUGAAUUCAACCAGUACUCCUACAUUGUAUUGCUGGAGCUGGUGAUUGACAGGUAA